CAAGUCAGAAAGACCCAACAAGCAAAUGCAACUGUAAAAGUGUGCAGGAUGCAGGACAAUUCCAGCCGGACCCAGAGCUCCUGAGCUGUGACUGUCCAGGAGGAGGGGAAGUCUACAGUGACCGGUGAGAGAGACCAACUGGGUGCUAAGCCUGCACAAGUCCAUAUGUUGCAGGUCACUAGGCUACUGUGGAUUGACUAUGAAACGCUGUGCAUAUGACACAUGUAAACUCCCAAUCCCAUCUGACUGUCUGCAGUUCCAGUCCAGCACAGUGUGGCAUAAGGACGCUGUAUAUCCUGAGUGGGGUAUGGACAACUCCUAUCAUCCACAGGAACACUGGACUAACAGACAAGAUGUGGGCAUUUGCCUUUGCCGUGGCUAUCUACCUGUUGUAGGACGCUCCCUGAUGGGAAGUAUAUCUGUUCUCCUCCAGUCCCUGCCCAGCGCAUCAUUGGCUGUCCUUCUCAUCCUGACGCUCCUGUCCUGGAGGACCUGUGAAGCCAGAGGCCUAAACUUAUUGUCAAACAACAGUUUUGAUGACACCAUCUCAUUGAGACACCUGGAUUUCAUAGUGAAAAGACCCACACGGGAGAUUACUGAUGGAUACCAUGUCCAGGGAUACAAUACUGUGACAAAUGAUGGCCGCUCUUUGAACAUGCAAUGGAAGGGGAAGAUAUGGCCCUGCGCUGUCCUAAUCAAACUAUCUCGACAUGUGUUAGUUUCUGCAUUAGGGUCCAACCUGGCUUGGAAUAUUUUUCCUUAUGACAGCUGUGACCAGGAUUUGAAACCAACAGAGAACCUUAUCAGCCCUUUGAAGCUCUUGCAAGUUAAUGUGAAACCACUGGUGCUCCACAGAGUCCUGAGAUUCUUAGGAGAUUUGGGAUUUCUGGUUGAGUCCCAACAAUCUAAAGCACUUUCUCUGCUAAAGAAGAAAUUAUACAAAUCAGGAAAUCCGGUGAAGCAGCCCAGCUUGCAGUCCUCUGACAGAUGUCCCGAUAAGAAGCCUUAUCUAAUCCCCUGGCACCCCGGUCAUGAUGGAAGGAGGUCAGCUGUAAUAGGACGUGGUGUUACCCUAAGACUUGAGUCUUCAGCCACCUUCCACUCUUUGCUCAUCCAAGACGGAGGGUCCCUAGUGUUUGCAGAUGACCUGAUACCUCUUACUCUGAGGACUCAAUAUAUCCUUAUUAGAAAUGGUGGGUCCCUACAUAUUGGCUCUGCUCACUGCCCCUAUAACUCAAAUGCCACCAUUUCCCUGUACGGAAAGUCCACGGAAGGGGAUGACGUAGAAGAGUUUGGGAAGAAGUUCAUAGGGGUGGACAGAGGAGGCAUAUUAGAACUACAUGGAAGGAGACCCUUAUCUUGGACAAUGUUAGAUGACACCAUCCACCCUGGAGGCCUCCCAUAUGGAUCCUACAAAUGGGAGAAACACUGGGGCAGCCGGGGCAUCAAUAUCAGGAUCAUUGACCCAGAGACUGGACAGGUACAAGCUGCUCACAGGUUUGACACCCACAUGUUUCUAGAAGAAGGGAAACGACUUCAGGAAUUUCUGUCCAUACAAAGCCCAGGCAAGGUGGUGGCAGCAGCAGUGGGAGACUCAGCUGCUAAGAGCUUAACCCCAGAUGUGAGGAAAUACCUGAGAGAAGCUCUACACAGCAGAUACAUCUAUCAUCUGGGCUACAGGCAGCCCUGGGCUUUGGUUGGUGUCCUUGGGGAAGGGUUAUUAAAAGUAACUGAAGAUCGGAAACAAUAUGAAAGCAAUGGGACAACUGGGCUGGCUGUUGCAACAAGGGAAUUUCAGACCUACAAAGGACAAUAUUUCACAGUUACUGCCUACAGUGGUUGGAUUAAAGGCAUUCCACGGAAUGGAUUCCAAGUGGCAGUGUCCAGGGGAAUCAUCCUUACAUUAGUGGAUGACGUUACAAGCUGGCUGCCUUCUAACAGGAUAGUGAUUGCCAGCACUGAUUACUCAAUGCAACAGGCUGAAGAAUUCAAUCUGCUCCACUGCCCUGAAUGUAAAAACAAUCAGGUCAAAAUUGAUGGGAGCCCUCUUUUUAUGCACAUUGGGGAGGUCAUUGAUGGCAUCGAUAUGAGAGCAGAGGUCGGACUCCUCACCAGGAAUAUCCUUAUCAAGGGGGAAAUGGAAGAUUCCUGUUAUGGACACAAUCAUUGCCAGUUUUUCAGCUAUGACACUUUUGGGGGUCAGAUUAAGAUUCAAAGGCACUUCACUUCAGUUCACCUGUCAGGGGUAGAGCUCACCCACAUGGGGCAGCAGCUUUUGGGUAGUUACCCAGUACAUUUUCAUAUGGCUGGAGCUCUGGAUGAGGAUGGUGGCUACAACCCCGCAACAUACAUUGAUAAUCUUGCCAUCCAUCACUGCUUUUCCAGAUGUGUCACUGUUCACGGAACACACGGACUCCUGGUAAAAGACACAAUUGGCUAUGACACACUUGGCCACUGCUUCUUCCUGGAAGAUGGAGGAGAGGAAAGAAACACCUUUUAUCACAACCUGGGACUGGUAACAAAGGCUGGCACGAUCCUGCCAACUGAUCGCAAUGAGGCUAUGUGUCUGGCAAUGCGGGAACAUGUAUAUGGGAAUUAUGUGCCGGUGCCCAGCACUGACUGCAUGGCUGUCAGCACAUUUUGGAUUUCAAAUCCUAAUAACAACUUAAUCAGGAAUGCUGCAGGGGGAGCCCAGGACGUUGGCAUCUGGUUCAUAUUUCACAGAGUCCCAUCAGGUCUUUCAGAGGGCCUGUAUCCAGAGGGACAGACUGAAUUCACUCCCCUGGGAAUAUUUCACAAUAACAGGGUACAUUCCAACUUCAAGGCUGGAUUAUUCAUUGGGAAAGGAGUGAAGACAACAGUGGCGAAUGCAGAGAAUCCUCGGGAAUACCUAACAGUGGAUAAUGCGCGCUUCCGCCCUCACCAGGACUCAGAUCCUUCAAAACCUCGAGUGCCCGCUCUCAUUGAUGGACUCAUUGCCUUCAAGAACAAUGACCAUGGGGCAUGGGCCCGGGGUGGUGACAUUAUCUUCCGGAACUCAGGGUUUUCAGAUAAUGGAAUUGGACUUACACUAGCCAGUGACGGAACAUUCCCAACUGAUGAUGGUUCCAGUCUGGAGAUCACCGAUUCUAUCUUCGUAGGGGAGAGUGAGAAUGUGGGCUCACAAGGUGGACAGAACAGCUACUGGGGACGUGGAGGGUCCGGGGAACAGAGGUCAUUGCCAAGGAACCAGACAUUCCCAAUCCGUGGGUUUCAGAUAUACGAUGGGCCAGUCAGGCUCCUCAGAUGCACGUUCAAGAAAUUCCUCCCAACUGGGGAUCGAGCCUCCAGCGCAAUUGGCUUUUCCUUGAAGAAUUCCUGGCAGAUUACACCUCAAAACAACAUUUCUCUGGUCAAGAUGGAGAGGAGUGUUGGGCUCAAAGUAUUUUUUGGUCGCUCUGGACAGUGGUUUGGAGCUAAUGACUAUGAUGGUGACAAAAGCUCGAUCUUCCAUGACCUGGAUGGCUCACUGACUGGAUAUCCUGAUACGUUUGUUGGGCGAGCAGACAAUUAUAUUCUGCGCCACCCAGGAUGUCUCACAGUGCCACGGUGGAAUGGAGUGAUAUGCGCAGGCAGAUACGCACAGCUGUAUAUCCAGGCCAGGCGCCCUGAAAACCUCACAAUAUUGGUGGCCAGAGCAACCUAUCCUUCCCAUCCACUGAGACUUGUGGGUGUGAAUAAGGGAGCACCUUACCAGCAGUACCAGCCAGUGGUGAUGCUACAGCAACCCUAUACUAUCCGGUGGGAGGGCCAAUCCCCAAGAGAAGUCAUCCUAUACCCAAUCAACUUCAACAGGGGAGAUUGGCUGCAAAUCGCUCUAUGUUACCCCCAGAGUGCAGUAUUUCAAGUAACAGCGGAUAUUUAUGAACGUCAUACCGGAAGGGUACACAGUGUCCGUCACUAUUCCAUCACCCCCUCUAUCCAUCAGGUCCUGAAUAAGACAGGAGCAAGGCUUUAUCACUUCGACAAGGAUUCUGGAUAUCUCUUUCUGCACCUUCAAGCCCAUGAAACCCGAAAUGGACACAGCUAUUGUUCCCAGCAUGGCUGUGAGCGGAUUAAGAUCACAGCCCAUUUUCAUUCAGAUGAUUACAAUAAAUGCAUACCUAAACCUUUCCCUGACGGAGCCAGUGAUACCCAGCAUACCAAACUAUUUGUGUCCAAACGAAUUGCCUUGCCCUGUAGCCAGUGUGGGGCCCCACAGGUUGCUAUAACAAGUAGCCCAUCAGUCAGAUACACAAAGGUACAGAUUCAUUCUGUUCGCAGGGAGGAUGUUUUAAUUGGGAUGAAAUCUGCUUUCAUCAAGGUUGACGAGGAAGUUUUCAUGUUCAAGAGGAGAGGUCUGUUCUUAUUGGUGGUGGAUGCGUGCUCAGGGACAGUUGUAAGCAAGAGACAUUUUGAAAUGAUCAGUGAUUUAAACACCACAAAAUCAAUGUCCAGUUACAUUCAAACAUCGAUGAAACAGAGGUCUGUGGUUCUCAUCUGCUCUAGAGAUAUUGUGGACACUGCUCCUGUUUCUGAAAUGUCUGUUUUCACCAAACUAGGAUCAGCAAAACCUAUAGAGCUUCAUAAAAAAGGUAGUUUUGCCAUGGUGGGUUAUAAAGGACUGACCACCCCAUCCUGGAUUAAAAUCAUUAAUAAUAGUGCAGAACAAAGAUCUUCAUCAAUACACCUUUACCUGCCACUGAUGCUGGCUGAAUACAGAUGUCCAACUCCAAGACCUUAGCAAUGAAAAGACUUCAGCCGGUGUUUCUUUCCCAUGUGGUCAGCGCAGACCACAACCCAUCACUUCCAGUGACACCUGUCUCUUUUCCAGCUGUGUUCUUGUUAGCUGAGCCAUUAAGACGGGAUGAGCCAUAGACCAGGCAUUAUCCCUUUUUUAUAUUGUCAUGUUUGUUUAUAUAUAUUGUCGUUUGUUUAUAUAUAUUGUCUAGUAAGUAAAUAAAUAUUUUCUCUUUCUACGUAA